AACCGAUGCUUGGUAUCGUAGCGAGGGAGUGCAGUUUGCCCACUCAUCCCUCGCACUCGCUCUGCGCCUUUUUAUGGCUGCCUCUUUUGACCUUUUCCAUCUUUUUCCCUUUGAUAUAUCCCGCAGCAGGCAGGCAGGCAGCAGAACCGCCUUUGUUCGCUUUCGUCGUCCUCGCCGAAAUUCCCAUUGCGGCUACUGACAUUUGUCCCCCCAUCCCAGCGACCUCUCUUCUCUUGCAUCCAUCCAUCCAUCCAUCCCUCUCGGCGUCACUCAAGCUUGGUUUAGGAGCAAUCUAUUCCGCCUUGGGCACCUGAUUGGUUUGUGAGCUUGACAGGAUUCCUUGAUUUCCUUGAUCUCUCUACUUUUCAUCUUGCUCUUGAUUUCCAGUUUAGAAAUCAUCCCGAGGAAAUCUUGGGCAUCUUUGCUGCCUUCCCCCCUUUCAUUCAACCGAGCGCAAAGAUUGUUCUUCUUGAGCAGAGGAACAGUUCGAUUGGGAAAUGGCUGAAGUGAAACCGGAAGAGAUGGUCCACCAUCCGCCCAUGGAUCAGCUGCAGGGGUUUGAGUACUGCAUAGACUCAAAUCCUUCCUGGGGAGAGGCAAUUGGUUUGGGUUUUCAGCAUUACAUACUGUCCCUGGGAACUGCUGUGAUGAUCCCCACAAUGUUGGUUCCUCUUAUGGGUGGAAAUGAUCAUGACAAGGCAAAAGUGGUUCAGACACUGCUAUUUGUGACUGGGAUAAAGACACUGCUCCAGACACUAUUUGGCACUCGCCUUCCCACUGUCAUUGGCGGCUCAUAUGCAUAUCUUGUUCCAGUCCUCUCCAUAAUCCAUGACCGAUCGCUCGCACAAAUAGCCGAUGGCCAUACCAGGUUCCUGCAGACAAUGAGAGCGACACAGGGUGCGUUGAUAGUGUCGUCAAGCAUUCAGAUAAUUCUUGGCUAUAGCCAGCUGUGGGCAAUAUGUUCGAGGUUCUUUAGCCCACUUGGGAUGGUUCCAGUGGUUUCAUUGGUGGGGCUUGGCCUUUUCGAGAGAGGAUUCCCGGUGGUUGCAAGCUGUGUGGAGAUUGGCCUUCCGAUGCUUAUCAUAUUUGUUGUGCUUUCCCAAUAUCUCAAGCAUGUACAUGUUCGGCAUGUUCCGAUUUUGGAGAGGUUCUCACUGCUGGUGUGCAUUGCUCUUCUCUGGGUCUAUGCCCACAUUCUAACAGCAAGUGGUGCAUACCAUCACACUGCACUACACACCCAGAUCAGUUGCAGGACAGACCGUUCUAACCUCAUCUCUUCGGCAUUAUGGUUUGUAAAUAAACCGGCUUCCACACCACUUAUUCAUUUCCAUAUGAUAUAUCUCAGUUCAUUUUUUUUUACUCUCAUAAGGAUAAGCAUUCCAUACCCCUUGCAAUGGGGAGCACCAACAUUCAAUGCAGACCAUGCAUUCGGCAUGAUGGCCGCAGUAAUGGUGUCGCUAAUAGAGUCAACUGGCGCAUUCAAGGCUGCUGCCCGGUUGGCAAGUGCAACACCCCCACCAGCAUAUGUCCUCAGUAGAGGCAUCGGGUGGCAGGGAAUAGGUACCCUACUGGAUGGGCUAUUUGGCACUGCAACUGGCUCUACUGUUUCUGUUGAGAACGUUGGUCUUCUUGGGUCUACAAGGAUUGGGAGCAGGAGAGUGAUACAGAUUUCUGCUGGUUUCAUGAUCUUCUUCUCCAUACUAGGAAAAUUCGGGGCACUUUUUGCUUCCAUUCCAUUCACAAUAUUUGCUGCCAUAUAUUGUGUUAUGUUUGGCAUUAUUGCGGCGGUGGGGCUAUCCUUUCUGCAGUUCACCAACAUGAACUCUAUGCGCAACCUCUUCAUUGUUGGUUUUUCACUCUUUCUUGGCUUAUCGAUACCAGAGUACUUUUCUCGGUAUAUGACAGGUGCUCAAAAUGGCCCGGCGCACACGAAGGCUGGAUGGUUCAAUGACUACAUCAACACCAUCUUCGCAUCCCCACCGACUGUCGCUCUCAUCAUUGCUGUAGUCCUUGACAACACGCUGGAUGUCAGAGACGCGGCGAAGGACAGGGGGAUGCAAUGGUGGGAGCGGUUCCGGACGUUCCGAGGGGACAGCAGGAAUGAAGAGUUCUACACCCUGCCCUUCAACCUCAACAGGUUCUUCCCACCAUCUUGAGCAGAAGCUUCCAAAGUCCGGGUACUGCAAGCUGAGUACCAAAUGAAGAAACCUUUGCAUCACAAUAUGGCAUGCUUCUGAAUUCUGAUAGAGUAGAAGAGGAGAAGAGAAGUAGAGAUGAUAAGACCCGCAUGCCGUUUUACUAGCGUAGGAUGGAGGAAGUUCCCUUCGGGCUGUCCGAUUGUACAUAGAUAUUUGUUUCCGUAGACAAUGAAUUAAUGCUAAUUUUUGCUGUGUGCAAUGUAAGAUCUCAUGAAACAUUUGCGGGCAGCGGGCAAAUGAGGCACAUUGUUAGCUGUAGUUGAACACACCGUAGAAAAGGGCAUUCCAAACAAGCAAAAAUUAUAGCAUGGCCCCAAUUGAAAUGUGUCAUUAA